CCGCGCAUUGAAGAAUUUAGACCAAUCCAAUCAAGGGCCUUCAAACGCUCGGCGAGGUAAACAACAUUCAAGAUGGCGCUGCAGUCGAAACAACAACUUUCGAUGGACAGUACACAGGAGCAAGGUUUUCUAACUUUCUUGCGUUCGAUGCCCGAGAAACCUUCAACAACAUUCAGAGUUUUUGAUAGAUCGGACUACUAUACUGUCCAUGGAGAGGAUGCGUUAUUCGCUGCCAGGGAAUGCUUCAAAACACUCGGUGUCGUCAAAUACUUGGGAUCCGGUGAGAGGAAAAUGGCCUCCGUGAUCCUUAGCAAGAUGAAUUUUGAGAGUAUGGUCCGUGAUCUGUUGCUGGUGCGCCAGUAUCGCGUGGAGGUGUAUCAGAACAUGGCCACUGGGAAGGGUAACGACUGGCAGUGUGCUUUCAAGGCCUCUCCUGGAAACCUGACCCAAUUUGAAGAAAUCCUCUUCGGCGCCAGCAACGACAUGUCCGCCUCGGCCAGCGUGAUAGCGGUCAAGCACGUCUCUGAGGGCUCUGCGGGGCAGAAGAUCGUGGGAGUUGGAUACGCGGACGCCACCCUGAGAGAGUUGGCAGUGUGCCAAUUUGCCGACAAUGAACAGUUCUCAAAUCUCGAGGCUCUGCUUGUCCAGCUCGGUCCCAAGGAGUGCCUCCUGCCCGCGCAGUCAGGCGAGGGCGCUGCAGAGUCCGCCAAGCUGAAGAGCGUCCUUGAGCGGAGCGGGCUGCUCGUCACCGAGCGUAAGAAGGCGGAGUUCGGCACCAAGGACGUGGAGCAAGACCUGAACCGGCUCCUGAAGGGGGCAAGCGAGGAGCAACGAAAUGCCGCCUCGCUUGCUGAGAUGGAGAAGCUCCAUGCUAUGGCAUCUCUGGCAGCAUUGAUCAAGUACUUAGAGUUGCUAGGCGAUGAGAGCAACUUCAAUCAGUUUCGCUUGAAGACCUUUGACCUCAGUCAGUACAUGAAGCUGGAUUCGGCGGCUGUCAGGGCAUUGAGUCUACUCCCAUCACCGCAAGACGCUGGCAACAAGAACGCAUCACUUUUGGGCCUGCUCAACAAAUGCAAAACGCCUCAAGGCCAAAGGUUACUGGCUCAGUGGAUCAAGCAGCCCCUUGUCGACAAAAACAAAAUAGAAGAAAGGCUGAACAUCGUGGAGGCUUUCUUCAACGACACCGAGUUGCGACAGACCCUCCAAGAAGAACAGCUGAAGCGCGUCCCGGACCUGCAACGCCUCGCCAAGAAGCUACAGCGCAAGAAGGCCACGCUGGAGGAUUGCUACCGCGUCUACCAGGUGAUAGAGUUCAUGCCGAUGGUGCUGGAAACUUUGGACAGACACGUCAGUAGCAAUAGCGGUCUGCUCCGGGAAGUCUUCAGUAAUCCUUUAAAGGAACUGCUGCUAGAUUUUGCCAAGUUCCAGGAGAUGGUGGAGACCACGAUAGACAUGGAACAAGUGCAGAACCACGACUUCCUCAUCAAACCGGACUUUGAUGAAAACUUGACCAAUUUGCGAGAGCGGAUGGACGGUCUCGAGAACGACAUUCAGGGCUUGCUGGGUAAAGCAGCGAGAGACUUGGGUCUGGAAGCCAACAAGACCAUCAAGCUGGAGUCCAACAAUCAGCUAGGAUACUUCUUCCGAGUCACAAGAAAGGAGGAAAAAGCUCUGCGAAACAACAAGAAAUACACCACCAUCGAUACCAACAAGAACGGCGUUCGUUUCACGCAGUCCAACUUACGAGGAUUGAACGAAGAAUACAUGGCAGCCAAAGAGGAAUACAACGAAACACAGAAGGCGGUGGUCGCAGAGAUAGUGGGAAUCUCAGCUGGUUAUGUCGACCCCAUGCUUAACCUGAGUGACAUCAUCGCCCAGUUAGAUGUUCUUGUCAGCUUUGCCCACGUCUCUGCCCAUGCUCCCGUCUCCUACGUCCGACCCACCCUGACCGAGAAGGGUCAAGGAGUUAUCAAACUGGUGCAGGCUAGACAUCCCUGCUUGGAGGUGCAAGACGACGUGGCGUUCAUCCCAAACGAUGUGACCUUCGAGCGAGAGAGACAAAUGUUUCAUAUCAUCACGGGACCCAACAUGGGUGGGAAGUCAACGUAUAUCCGACAGAUUGGUGUUGUAGUUCUGAUGGCUCAGUUGGGUUGUUUCGUCCCAUGUCAGUCGGCCGAUAUCUCCAUGGUAGACUGCAUCUUGGCCAGGGUGGGUGCAGGGGACAGCCAACUCAAGGGAGUCUCAACGUUCAUGUCGGAAAUGCUGGAGACGGCAUCGAUUCUCAGGACUGCCACUGAGAACUCUCUGAUCAUCAUUGAUGAGCUCGGGCGUGGGACGUCAACCUAUGAUGGCUUCGGCCUGGCCUGGGCAAUCUCGGAGUACAUUGCUACGAAGAUCCAGGGCUUCUGUUUGUUUGCGACUCACUUCCAUGAGCUGACGGCGCUAGCAGACGCUGUACCUACCGUGAACAACCUACACGUGACAGCUCUGACGAGCGACGGUCAACUGACAUUGCUAUAUAGGGUCAAACCAGGUGUGUGCGACCAGAGUUUUGGAAUCCACGUCGCUGAGUUGGCCCACUUUCCACAGAAGGUGAUAGACUAUGCCAAGAUGAAAGCGGCUGAGCUGGAGGACUAUCAGAGCAUCAGCGUCUCAGGAGCUAGCAGUAGGGAGGGGCUGGAUGAACCAGCGGCAAAGAAGAGGAGGUCGAACAAACAGGAUGGAGAGCAGAUUAUCCAAGAUUUCCUGGACAAAGUCACACAACUCGACACCGACAAAAUGUCGCAGGAAGAUCUUUACACUGAGCUGCAGAAACUAAAGGCUGAAGUGGAGGCUAAGAGCAGCCCGUACAUACAAGAUCUGCUGGCAAGGUCAACAUAAAGGGUGGUCUGGAACCAGACUAUUAACCCCUGACCCGGAAAGGCUAGUCUUAUUCUUCGGUACUCCAAUAAUAUGUGAUAGCAUUGCAGCUUUCUUUUUUAAAUGUCAAUCAAAAUGCUUGUUACCACUCUAGGGGCUGUAAACCUUGCGCACGCACACUGUAAUAAUUUAUGCCCUGAUUGUCUAUUGUGUGAUAAAAUGAUAAUGAGGGGAAAAGCCACUUCAUCCUUAACCUUCCCAACUCCAUCAAAAUCCAUCCCCCAUUUGGUGGAUUUUGAGGGACUUGGUCCUGCAGGCCUGGUUUGACUAAAUAUUGAUGGAGUAUGAUGGACUUGGGCCUGGAGGCCUAAAGCAAAGCAUGCAUUGGAAGCAGUGUUUUUGAUGGAUUCUGGCAGACUUGGUCCAGUACUUACUAAAAGACAGUAGGGAGUUAAAGGAUUAAAUAUAUUGAAUGAGUACAAAGCAUUCAUGUAUUCUCAUAUCAUCUGUAGCUGAUUUGGUUAUUAAAUUAGAUGGUUUAUUACUGUGAAAUGCUGGUUAAAAAGUUUGAUGGUUGAAACUUGCCAACUCAAGGACGGAAAAGAUAUUUUUGUAUGAUUGAUGAUGACUGAUUAAAAGCCGUCAUGAUAAAAGAAUAAAGUGUUAUUUCAUACAUUGCAAUAUAUUUUGCAAAUUUUGUCAAUUG